AAGAGUAAAGUGCGAGGAGCCAGGGAGAAGCCGAACCCUCUUUUUUCUUUUUUUCUCGCACUCUGACUACUCAUUUCAUGUCGGAGACUUCCCAGAAACUAAGGAAUCUCUUCAACGGAGACUAAAUCUUUCUCCUUUUUUUCUCUAUCAGCGUUUUCGCCUUUGCUUACUUCUGAAGGAAAGGAAAGAUAGAGAAAGAGAGAAAGCCAAAGAGAAGAGAGAAAGAGAGAGAGAUGUAUGUAGUGACGCCUCCUCAGAGAUCCGAUUUGGGAUCCAACUACGGUUUUCGGGUCUAUCAAACAUGGAAAGGAAGCAAUAUAUUUUGUCUUCAGGGAAGGUUUAUAUUCGGGCCAGACGCAAGGUCACUUGGUCUCACCAUAAGUCUAAUCGUGGUCCCUGUUAUAGUCUUCUGCAUCUUCGUUGCAAGCAAGCUAAUGGAUGACUUCUCUGAUACUUGGGGAGUCUCAAUAGUCUCUGUUGCUGUUGUCUUCACCAUUUAUGACUUAAUUCUUCUGAUGCUUACAUCCGGAAGAGAUCCAGGGAUUAUCCCAAGAAACUCUCAUCCUCCUGAGCCUGAAGUUGUUGAUGGAAAUUCAGGGACAAGCCAGACCCCAAGACUGCCUCGCGUGAAGGAAGUAGAAGUUAAUGGGAACAUAUUUAAGGUCAAGUACUGUGACACUUGCAUGCUCUAUAGACCACCUCGCUGCUCUCAUUGCUCUAUCUGCAACAACUGUGUAGAAAGAUUUGACCAUCACUGUCCUUGGGUUGGUCAAUGUAUUGCCCAAAGGAAUUAUCGGUUCUUCUUCAUGUUUGUCUUUUCCACGACUCUUCUAUGUGUAUACGUGUUGGCCUUUUGCUGUGUCUAUAUAAGGAAGAUCAAAGAAUCUGAAGAUAUAACCAUUUGGAAAGCAAUGCUCAAAACUCCUGCCUCCAUGGCUCUGAUAAUCUACACAUUCAUAUGUAUGUGGUUCGUUGGAGGCUUAACAGGUUUCCAUCUCUAUCUCAUCAGCACAAAUCAGACUACAUAUGAGAAUUUCAGAUACAGUUAUGACCGGCGUAGCAACCCACAUAACAAAGGAGUGGUUGAUAACUUCAAAGAAAUCUUUUGUUACGCAAUACCUACUUCGAAGAAUGAUUUCAGGGCUAUGGUACCUAGGGAAGCUCCAGUGCCAUUAAGAUCAGCUGUUGGCGGUUUUAUGAGUCCAAACAUGGGGAGAGGUAAUGAUGAGAUUGAAAUGGGGAGGAAAGGUGUCUGGGCAAUGGCUGAACAUGGUGAUGACAAGAACGGUAGUAAUAAUGAACGGUUUCAUGUCAACGACGAUGAGUUGGGUGACAUUAGGACCACAACGGAUGAUUAUGAACAAAGUGGUAGGCCCAACAUUCAUCCUAGGCACUCCAGCUGGGAAAUGUCACCAGAGGUUAUGGCCUUGGCAUCAAGAAGAACUUAA